UAGAGGCGUCCAAAAGGAGGGACGUUGCUUCCAGAGAGUAAGAAAGAUCGUGCUUGAGGCGCCGGAGCAGGACGUUGUUGCCCGGCGACUUUGGUUGAGCACUAGGGUUUUCGCAGUGCUGGUGAGUGACAUUGCGCUAAAUUUGCCGCAGGAAAUAGGAAGAAGACGAGAAGAAUGCCGUUCGCCGUUCACGCCUGUGUGCAGGGGAGGGUGGUGGUGCCCAACCCUAGCGCGUCGUCGCUGUUGAAUCUUCGCCACCAGGUCGGGACGCGAGCUUGUGCUCCGUCAGGAACUCUGCGGGUGCUUGAAGCUGGAGUUAGAUUUUCUGGAGCGCGGAGGUUGUCUUGUGCGAGGACAUUGUCCUCUUUGCAGUUUCUAGCCCCGGGUUUGGAAGGGCUGGAAUUGCCGCCGAAGCCACACGCACUGUGGGGCGGGAGGUCGACGAGUGCGAGGGCGGAGCCCGGAGCGGGUGCAUUCAAUCAGGGUGGUUUCGAAAAGGAUGAAGCGGCCAAAAUUGCGCAGGUCGCGAGGCGGUUGGAGCGGACUGCAGGGCAUUUCAAGCGGUUUGGAAGCUUGGGAUUUUGGGGGCAACUUGUGUGUACAGUUGUUGCAGCUGUGAUUUUAGCCUUUUCUGUGGUGAUUACUGGCCAAGCCACAUCACCUGUAUCAAUCUAUCUUACUGCCGGCGGCAUUGCUGCCGCCUUUCUCUCUGUAUUCUGGUCUUUCGGAUACAUUCGCCUGGCGCAGAAGCUGCGCGAAACCAUCGGCACUCCAACCAAGGCGCCUCCUCGAGCUCAGGUGGUAAAGAACUUGAGGAAUGGAAUCAUCAUCAACUUGCUUGGAAUGGGAGCCACUUUGCUAGGUUUGCAAGCUACUGUCGGAGUCCUUGUUGCCAAAGCUCUCACAUCCUCCAGCACACCAUACUUGCAAGGAGCCCCAUCGGGUUACAGUCCAGUUCUUGCCCUUGACGUCUUUCUUGUACAGGCUUCGGGGAAUGCGAUUUUGUCUCAUUUCCUCGGUUUACUAUUCUCCCUGGAGCUGCUGCGAUCAGUAACUCUUCAACAACCUCCUUCGGAGCCCAAGUUAGCUUGAGGGUGCUGCAUAGUGUUAGGAUGUUGCAGGGAUGGUGCAGAGAGUUUUUCAUGAUGUAUUUUUACGAAUUUGUAAAGCUAUAUUGGUUACUAUUUU